CACCGUGUAAAUAGCAAUAGCAAUGAAUCAAGGCAUAAAUAAGAACACCAUUAACUACAAUGGAUUAUAAAUACAAAUAUUGCACAACAACUAAAGUUGUUUUGAACAAAUUCUUGUACGAUGGGUUGUACCACCUGCUUACGUCUCCUACUUUUUCCAUUAUUGCUUCUUCACAUAAUAAUCCGAGCGUUAGAACCAGAUUGGACCUUGCCGAAUUGCGAUUCUGCCGACUUUUACAAACCAUACGUCCGAAUUUCAAUCACCAGAAAAGGGUUUGUCCUUCAAACUCUUCACAACACUGGGUUCAUCGAUGUCCGCCCCUACUCUGGAGUUGUCUGCAUCAAUGGACCAACAAUCAUUUACUCUACGGAUGACUUUUCCAUGGGCGAACCAAGUCUGUUUUUUCAUGGAUGCCUCACCUUUAAUCGACGAAAUCCAGACUCUUACAAAUCUGGAGAUAACCAAUCUGCUGUUGUUGGUCAUAACAAAUUCACUGGCAUAUUUCUCCUCACAUCAACAGAGGAUUAUCGCCGCUCCGCAUUUUUCUUCUUCCCUGGAAAUUUUUUCCGGAUUCCCCUCGAGUUUUUAAGGAACAUUCCAAGUGGUGGGGUUGCUACUACCCAAGGGGUCUCAUUUCCAGGGGCAGAAGUGCACGACUCAUCCUUCGCUAUGGUGACCAAUGAUGGGGGAAUGUGGGGGUCAGACGAGAUUGAAAUUCCACCAAAACCAUCCUCCUACUGCUUCAAUUUAUCCCACUAUGACGAAUUCGGAGUGGUGCACGGGCGACAAACGGUGGGAAUGAGUCCCAUGUUUUGCUUACGACAAGAAGGCGAAGACAUCGAAUUCGACGAGGUCUUCACCCAGAACCCAAACUUGUCCACUGACAUGUUUUCUUGGACUGGGUGUGGGGAAAAUGGAGACGGUGAUGGCUCUGUCAUAAACUCAUCCUUGGUACCAAAUCAGCUCCCAGAUUUUAGGAUUGUGCAUCCCGGAGCAAUUUCAGAACCAAGUCCUGGACAAUGGUUUAUACCAGGACUGAUCAACUCCACUGGAUUUUAUGCCUCACCGCCACCUCCCUCGUCGGCGCAGCCAAAUUCAACCGCAGAGACGGGAAUAGUGUCAGUAACUCUGACUGAUUGCGAAGAGGUCAUUCCCGUUCCGGAUUGUGAUGAAACUAUUAAUAGUGUCGAGGCUUGUGAUUUGCUCGGUCAUGUGCUCACUCAAAACAUGACGGACUGGACUGAUCCAAAACUCAACGCAGGAAGUUGGCGAAGAAAAGUGAUGACACAAUUUGUCAAUAUUUACAAAAAAGUUUGCCCUCAAGUUUCGCCUGCUUUGCCAACCGCUAUUAUUUCCAUUGUAUCUUUUUUCAUUAAUCGGAUUGCAUCGCGUGCAGAAACCCAACAAUCGAACCCAAGUAAUCCAAAGGGAGAGGAAAAGUGGAGGCUAAUAAACCAAGACAAAACCAUGGAGUGGAAACAACUAAUCACUGAACUUAACAAUUGUGAAGACAAAGCAUUCAAACUUCCACUCUAUUGUACCAAAGAUCCCAACAAUGUCAAAAGAAAGAAAGACUUGGAACAAAAGCUGGAGCAACUAGCCUUCAAUCCCGACUCGUCGCAAUAUACAAGGUCUCAGUUGGAUGAAGCAAUUAAAGAAGUUCGAGUCAUGGAACCCUACCGAAUCUGGCUACCCCCACCGGUUGCUCGUGGAAAUGGAACGAAAAUUCGAUUAGGUCGACACAUUGAAGCGGCGGAAGUAGAUUAUGAUCUCGACUGGGUGAUUGACAGCUUUUGGCGUAUUUACUCAACAGUGAUUGGAUAUUGCAUUCCACAUUUUAGCGACUUUCCGGAUAACAAGGUCUUUGUCGCCCUUCAUGCUAAUUUUACGACAGACUUUCUAGACUUGGUUGUGGAGCAGUGGACACAUGCCGAACCGCUGGAUGAAAAAGGGAAUCCAGAUCCCAAUGGAAAAGCGUAUAUUUUUGGCAACUUUGAUCCAGUGUAUCAACACCUUUUUGGAGAAUAUGUUGGUGGACUCUCGUCCCGGUACAUGGAAGCGUGUAAUGAUGGCUCCUAUUGGCAAAGCUGGUUCCCAGACUGGCGACUACCACGACCCAUUUAUCUUAAACCAGGGCCUAACGUCACCGAUAACCGUACACUCAACUUUUUCAUUGCACAUCCCCUUAUGCCAAACUACGAUCCUGAUUUGUACGGCAGCUAAGAUACUUGUAUUAAAGAAAGGGAACUACUCAUUAUUAUAUAUUUUGUACAAAUGCAUUCAAACUAUUUGUUUGCAACGAAUUUACAACGACUUUAAUCACAAUAUACACUUGUAUUCAUGGGAAGUUUAUUAAUAAUAUGCUAAAUAAUUGUUAAGUCCUUGUUUAAUCAUUAGUGCCCACAAAUCCUUGUGAUUUUAAUGUGACGAUUAGGUCAAUUUUGCAAAGGUGAACAAAUGUAUCUUGAUGUAUAUUAAUGAUGGCAAAUGUCAUACUGUAGAUUAUGUGUAUUAGUAUUUAUAUAUAAUAAAUAUAUGCUUAUGAACUGUGCUCCGAGACAGGGCUUGGGAACCAGCGGCUUAUCGCCCGUAUCUUCUAAUUAUUACUCACCUACAUACUUAUACUACAUACUCAUGUAGCAAUGGAAAAUUUCAUGAAAUAAUUAUUUAUUCGCACAGCCAGAUUUUACCUUGCAUAGGGAAAAAUAUAAUUUAUGUAUUUGUUUGGUGCAGCAUAAUUUGCUGAACUUGUGUAACAUACCUGUAUGGGAACUCCACUGUUUUCGUACAGUUGCACUUUUGGAAAUUCUGAAAUCCUUCUUUACUUAUCCUCCAUCGCAUUCCAUUCACUCCAUAAUUACCUUCCACCAAAACAUAAUUUUCAUUCUAGAAAUUGCAUUUUUUAUCAUGUUCAGUUUCGGAUAAACAAUUGUUUUACAAACCACGAUUUGACUUGAUUUUCUGAGCCAUAAGAAAAUGUCAUUCCUUGAAUCCAAACUGGAGGUCGAUAAGAGGGAAAAAAUCCUUUACGAUUUUCUGGUGAACUCACCGAGAAUAAGUGGUCACCAAGAAGGAGGCAAGAUAGCCACGCCUCAGAGUAUCCCCUGGAUUGACCCCAUUCUAUUAAACGAAGGUUAUUCUUUUGUCCGGCAUAACUUUGCAGUCGUGAUUUUUUCAAUGGUUGCCUCAAUGUGGAUCGGGUUAUCGGGAAAACCUGUGUCUAAGCUUCAGUUUAGACGCUAUUAUCCUGAGAAUGUGGGAGGAUCCGUGUUUCUUGAAGCCCUGCGCAAAAAUUUGGUAUGGCUCACCCAAAAUAUUAUGAACCAAGAAGGUCCUGCCUAUAAGCAAACUGCGUACAUCUACAAAUUGCACACCAUGUUUGCAGAGCCAACCAAGUCAACUGGCAAAAAGCUUGAAUUUCCACCAAGUGAUCUCAAAUUUCCAGUCGAGUAUGGGGAGCUAAUUGAAGCCUUGCAAAAGGAUUUGAAACGUGUGGAUACUUCUUUGGUCCCGGAAGAAUUCCAGACUUGGGAUCCACCGAUACACUUUUCUCAGCUGAAUUUGGCAUUGAUUCAAUUUGGAGCGAUAGCAACCCUGUUUCUUUAUCCAAGGGUUUGUGGGCUCAGGGAAGAACAAGGUAAUGGGCUUCGUGGAUAUUUCCACAUUUGGGCCGUGAUUGGUCGAUUACUCGGACUUGAGGACCAAUUUAACCUCGCCCUUUUCCCGGACAGGGAACUGUUUUCGAAAAUAUUUACUAAUACUGCAUUGCCCAACAUAAAGCGAGCUGACGAGUCGGUGGUAUUUUUGUGGGAUUAUAUAGCCUCAAAAGUUCCUCUGGUCAGAGUUAAGAGUUUACUCUUUGUAUCCUUGAAUGUCGUGAAUUUUGAGGGUGCUUGUCUGUGGGAGAGGAUGAGCUGGAGAGAUAAGCUGUCGUAUUUUCUCCUGAGAUCAUUACCUAUUGCCAUUUACAAGAGUAAUAUAUUUAGAGUGCUGGCUAAUUACAGCACGUGGGCGAUUCUCUCACUCAUUUUCUGGCUAAAUGGGAUAAAGAUGUGAUAAAAACCUGUAAAAAUAUUAGAACAUUUAUAUACAAUUUUCACAUGUAUGUAUAUCUAUCAAGGCAUAUUAAUCUAUUGACUUUGUAACAAGUUGUAUUUGUGAAUGUAAGAGAUGAUACAGUUCAUUUCAUACAUGAAUCUCAUAAAAUUGUUUAAAACAGAUUAAUCAGUACCAUAUGCAAACCUCUAUUUUUUAUUAAAACAACCCAAUAAAUAUUUAAAAUACUAAUAAUAAAGUUUUCUUAUGAUUA